AUGCCGCCUCAAAAUCGGGGCUUCGGCGCCGGACCAGCCGUCGGUGCGCCGUUUCAUCAGCCGGGCUUUCCGUCUCAUGGCCAGCCUCAAGGGGUUCCGAUGGGCUCCAACCAGUACCUAAACACAAACACUCAGAUCAGUCCUUUUGCAGGGGCCAACGGCAACGCCUUUGGCGGGGGCCUCAACGGCACAGGCUUUGCCGACACCGGGUUUGGCAGCCAAAGCGCUCGGAUGGGCUUCGCUCACGGGCCUGGCACUGCUGGACUGCAACAAGCCCAACACGUCAGUCAGGUGCAGCACGCCGGCUUGCUGGAACAUCCGGCCAUGAGAACCCAGCCCAACAAGGGAAGAAUACGAGAAGUGUGGAAGCACAAUCUACACGAGGAAAUGGCCGUGUUGAGGGACUUGGUGGACAAAUACCCGUACAUUGCCAUGGACACGGAAUUUCCCGGCGUAGUGGCCAGACCAAUGGGUGGAUUUCGCGGCAAGAGUGAUUACCACUAUCAAUGCUUACGGACCAACGUGGACAUGCUCAAGGUCAUACAGAUUGGGUUGACCCUGUUCAACGAGGAUGCCGAGACACCUCCGGCCAGGCCGGGACCUGACACGGGGCUUGGUCCUGCCGCGCGGAGAACGGCAAGCCUCGGACCGUUCCCGUACUCGUGGCAGUUCAACUUCAAGUUCUCGCUCAAGGAGGACAUGUACAACGAAAAGUCGAUCGAGUCUCUGCAGCAAGCCGGCAUCGACUUUGCGCAUCUCGAACGAGACGGCAUCGAUCCCCACGAGUUCGCCUCGUUGCUGAUCCCCUCUGGCCUGGUCUGCUUCGACAACGUGCGCUGGAUAUCCUUCCACGGAGGCUACGACUUUGGCUACCUCACCAAGCUGCUCAUUUGCACGCCGCUGCCCAACGACGAGGUGGACUUUGACCACAAGAUGAAGCUCUACUUCCCCACCACGUACGACGUGAAGCAUCUUAUGAAGUAUGCGAUAAAGCUACACAGCCAGGGCUUCCUCACCCCGAGCGAUCCGGGCAGCGCCGAGAUCCUCAACAAGUUCGAACACAAGUCGGGCCUGGAGAACAUUGCCGAGACGCUCAAGAUCAAGCGCAUCGGCGCGGCGCACCAGGCCGGCUCGGACUCCCUGCUCACCGGCAAGGUCUUCUUCCAGAUGCGGGACAAGAUCUUCAACGGCGACAUUCCCGAAGCCCACAUUGGCAGGGUCUGGGGCCUGGGCGUGCCGGACGGGCCGAUGGGCCCAAUGGCCCUGAUGAUGAGCCAAGCCGGCAACGACGGCGGCAUGAACGGAGGCGGCGCGCCGAGCACCCCGAACACGGCCCCGGCCGGUCUGGUCAACAGCCCGGCCGCCGCGCAGACCCACAACUCCAACGGCAUGCCGCACAUGGGCCCGAUGACCCCGGGGGGAGGUGGAGGUGUCUUUGGAAGCUUUGCCUUUGCCGGCAACAGCAGAUAG